ACUAAGAAAACGAAGGACAAGAACAAUAACAAUGACGGCAGACCUCAAAUACACAGAAAGAGUGUCAUAUAAAAUGGAACAAAAGAGUAAUAGAAUUGUUGUUAAAUAGUUAAUGGUUUCUACAUUGAAGAAAGAAACAAAUAUUCAUCGAUCAAAUCAUGAUUCAUUCCAAAAUCUGAUAGGUCUUUUGAAGCUGAUUAGUCGGGUGACCCUUUCGUUCUUCCAUGGACCGAUACAUAUACGGAUGCUCUUACAGAAAAGUUGACUUAUAGGUCCAGAAUCUUCGGAAGUUGCUCCAAAAAAACCUUUCUUUCUCGACAAAAAGGACUUUGAGAUAGCCUCGUAGAAAACAUUGGAUGUAACUAGCCUCCAAAGACGGACGAGUAAAAAUCUGCUCCCAUCUUAGAUAAAAAAAAAAACUUAUUACAAACUUGUUUUACCAAGUUUCGGAAGCCAAAAAUACUUCAGUUACAUAAAACAACUAAAAGUUUCAAGGAUGUCACAUCUAUAAAACAAAGAACGGAGUUGCAACAUAUAUUACUUGUAUGAUUAGCCUUUUUUAUCUAGUAAUGCCAAAACUAUCCUAGUCCUAGAAGUUCGAAAACAUUGUAAUUUUUCUUGUGCCGUUACUUUCUUAGUAUUGUUACCUCCUUAUGUUCCAAGGUUUGGAUUUACAUGACCAACUCUAUUAUAUUCCAAGUAUUGUUGGGGGGCAAAUUUUUCUAUAAAUACCUGAGCAACUAUAUCAAGUCUGCACCCAAAAAAAAAGAAGGAAAAAAACCAUCGAGUUUAUAAAAUAUGAAGAAGGGGACUCACUUCAGCACAUUUCAUUAUGUUGCUUUCUUGAUUUUUAUUAUCAUGACUUUUAGCAACACACUAGUUGUUGAAGGUCAGAAAUACAAUGGUCGAAUGAAGGCAAUUUUAACAGUCAAUGACUUUUCAAAAGGUGGUGAUGGAGGUGGUCCAUCAGAAUGUAGUGGUAAAUAUUACCAUAAUUCAAUUCCAAUUGUGGCUUUAUCUACUGGAUGGUACAGUAAAGGGAGAAGAUGUUUCGACAAAAUUACAAUUUAUGCAAAUGGGAAGAGUACAAAAGCCAUGGUAGUUGAUGAAUGUGACACAAGUAGAGGUUGUAAGCAUAACAUUGUUGAUGCUUCUGAAGCUGUGUGGAAAGCUUUGGGUGUUUCUCAACAUGACCCCAAAUAUGGUUUGAUGCACAUCUUCUGGUCUGAUUAAUGAAUUUGAUGUAAUUCUGUUGUUGUCUUGGUAU